GCUUGACUUGUGAACGAAGGUUCGCGCGUCAUUCAUGGGUAGUCCGUUCAGGACCGUCUGUUAUCUCGUAUUUGCUUCCCGCUUAGAAGUGUAAAACUAGUAUGCCAGUUUCGUGUUGCAGAUGUCAGUCAAAGGGUUAUAUUAAACGCCCGAAAACCAGUGAUAUUAUGUGUAAAGAAUGUUUUUCUUGGUGUUUCGAAGAAGAAAUACAUUGGACAAUUGUAAAUGCCAAGCUUAUUAGUCGUGGUGAUAAAAUUGCUAUUGGUGCCUCUGGUGGUAAAGAUUCUACCGUAUUAGCUUACAUACUAAACUUGUUAAAUAAAAGAUAUGAUUAUGGAGCGGAAUUGCUUCUUUUAUCUAUUGAUGAAGGUAUAAGUGGAUAUAGAGAUGACUCAUUAAUGACUGUUCAGCGAAAUCAGAUCCAAUAUGGACUUCCGUUAAAAAUUCUUUCUUAUCAGGAUUUGUACGGAUGGUCAAUGGAUGAUAUUGUGAAGCAUAUUGGGAAUAAACGAAAUUGUACUUACUGUGGGAUAUUUCGCCGCCAGGCUUUGGACAAAGGUGCACUACUUCUUGGAGCUAACAAAAUAUGUACUGGUCAUAACGCUGAUGAUAUUGCAGAGACAGUGUUAAUGAAUAUUCUACGAGGUGAUAUUGGUCGAUUAAAACGAUGUACAGCUAUAAUGACAGUAAGUAAUGGAAAAACUAGGAGUUUUCAAGUUAAUUUUACUCAUACAAAUAUAUUUAGGGUACAGAUGAUAUACUUCCUCGUUUUAAACCUUUUAAAUAUGCUUACGAAAAGGAGAUUGUCAUGUAUGCACAUAUGCAUAAAUUGGAUUAUUUUUCAACUGAAUGUAAAUACGCACCACAAGCUUAUCGAGGGCAUGUAAGAGCGUUUAUCAAGGAUUUGGAGAGAAUACGACCUAGGACUAUUAUAGGUGGGUUGCUUUCUGUUAGAGUGGAAUUCACCUUAUUUGAUUUAGAUAUUAUAGCAUCCGGUGAACGUAUGGCUAUUCGAAGUGAUGUAAAGAUGCCUCAGAAAAGUACUUGUGAAAAGUGUGGAUGCAUUUCAAGUCAGCUUAUAUGUCAGGCAUGCAUUCUCCUAGAACAGCUUAAUUCCGGUUUACCACAGAUAACCAUAAAAGAUACCGAACAGCAUUCUCAAAUUGACUAGUCGGGCGAUACCAAUUUUUCUAAAGAUUUUAUAUUAUAUAUCAGAUAUUGUAAAUAUAUUCCUAUUUGGAUAGUGGUUCUUA